GACUUUUAGAAGCACCUCACUCAUAUGGAUGGAAAUAUUGCUCAUUUCUUUUUUUUUGUUUUGUUAAUGACUCAGUACCAUUGUUUACUUAACACUCUCCCCCGUGUCCAGCCCCGCCCCCCUCCUGGGCCCCUAGGGAUGGUGGAGAGCCUGUAUGAACAACUGGAGGAGGAUGCUCACAAGGACUUCUCUGCAUCUGUAAUGAAAUCUUGCAGCAAGACCACGGCCAUUAAGCCUAUCUCAAGAGACCUGAAAGGUUUCCUGAAAGAUUUCUCCAAGAUUCGUCUGACUAAGGACAGAGUUGCAAAGGUUGUGAAGGACCUACUCUACUCGAUUGCGAUACACCCAACCGAGAAUAAGGUGCUGGUUGCAGCAGGUGGCCGUGGGGGGUGGGUGGUCUUCUGGGACGUGAUGAAUUCAGAUAAGCAUGAUGGUGUAGUGGCAUACUGCCCCCACGCCCGCCCUGUCAACUGCCUCCACCUCCCCCCCUGGGCCCCCCUCAAGACCUACUCCUGCAGCUACGAUGGCAGUCUCAGGUGUGGGGACUUUGAGAAGGGUGUCUUUGAUGAGGUGUACUCUUGUCCAGACAAAGGAGACACAUGUCUGAUGAACUUUGACUUCAACUCGGAGCAUGUAAUGCUGGUGUCCCAGAGUGAUGGCUGCGUGGCAGUGGUGGAUGUCAGGACACCUCAGACAAGCGCGGGGCACCUGUACCCGUGUCACGAGAGGUCCCUGCGGACUGUGAGCAUUCAUCCAGUGCAGAAACACUACUUUGUAACGGCAUCAUUUGACGAGACAGUACGUCUGUGGGACUUGCGGAAGAUGCCAAAGAAGAGAGCUAUUGCUGAGAGAAAAUACAGCAAGCGCGUCAACAGUGCUUACUUCUCUCCUAUCACAGGGAAAUACAUUCUGUCAACAUCUGCGAAUAACAUUCUCAAAAUAUUGGACAGCUCUGAGAUGACAGGUCGCCUACCUUUAAAGAAACGUGUAGCAUAUGAACAGCACUUGGGAAGAGGCCUGACCAAUUUCCGCGCCACCUGGCACCCGGCUCGAGAAGAUCUAUUUGUCGUGGCCAGCAGGAAGAAACCAAACCAGAUUCAGUUGUUCAACGAUGAUGGUGUAGAGGUGCAGGUUCUCACCAACCCCGACUAUCUUUGUUCCAUGUGUUCCCUGAACGCCAUCCACCCCUCCAGGAACAUUGUUGCCGGCGGUAACUCAGGCGGUCGUGUGCAUGUCUUCAUGUGAUGAGCACAAGUUGUCAAUAAUCCUGGGGUUGUAACUAUACAUCUUGCCGACAUCUCAUCCGACUAGAUGCCGGCCCUUGAAUGUUCGCCUGCAAGAAUCCAGUUUUGUUACCUAAACUACAAAUCUUCAGUUGACCAAAGGAAUAUUUGGAGUCUUCUGCUGUACCCAGUAUGUGGAAAUUUCAUGCCAGACAUGUCGAAGAGUGUGUUCCAUCAUCAACAAGAAUGACUGGAGUCCCAACUAAAACAUGUUUAAUGAUCUGGAGUCAAGUAUCAGGAAGUAGUGUUACACAAUUCAAGGUCUGACAAAUAAAACAUCAACAAACAGAUAAAAAAUAGGCCUCUUCGUAUGUCAUGUCUGUAGGCCUGUUUAUAUAUGAGGUCUGUAGAAUUCUGUAGAAGUACUAAGGCCUAUUUGUAUCAGGUUUGCAGAAUUGCAUGGAAAUACUGAGAUCCAUGACAUUUGUAGUCAGGUUAUUUGCUUAGAACAGUUUGGCGCUGUAGAUAUCCUCAGUGUGCCAAAAACCUGUGAUCAUGGGUUCAAAUCCUGGUUUGCCAGACUUAUGUCUUUGCCUUAUGUUUGUCAGCACCAUACCCGUUCACUAUGCUUUCCUCCCACAUCAAUCUGACAUGCCCUGAUUUAACUGAAUUACUGUUCAAAGCGGCUUUAAACCAAACUCAUUCAAGUUGAGUAAGAAGGAUCUGAAAACAUGGCUGUUUGCAUGGUGUGGAUGUGCUUUCAGUCACUGGUUUGUUUGGUCCAGACUUGAUCAUUUACUGGUCCUUGUGAUAUAGGUGGAUUAAUUCUUACAUUCCACAUACUUGCAAUCACUCUUAUGAGGGUGGUCUUUAGCAACCUAUUCUUGUUAUAAGAGGUGACUAUCAAGAUGGGUAGUCAGGCUUGCUGACUUAGUUGAUGCAUGUCAUCGUAUCCUAAUUGUGUAGACCAAUGCUCAUGAUGUCAGUCAUA